CGGGAACCCUGGUAAAAAAAAGAAGAAGCAAAAGAAGCAAUGGCUGAAGCGGUUUCACCGAUAACUCGACAAGUAACUAAAGAAACCCAAGAAUCCGGGACCCCAUCGGUCGAGUAUGGUCUUGAAGACGUCGAAGACUGUUUGGUUUACGACCGCCGCGGAGUCCCUGUUCCUUUCAAGAACUUAUAUCAAGACAGGAAAACGGUCAUAAUUUUCGUGCGGAACUUCCUGUGCUACAGCUGUAAAGAAUAUGUGGAGGAUUUGAGCAAAAUCCCCAAAGAAGCACUGGAGGAUGCUGACAUCCGACUGGUUGUGAUCGGUCAGUCGGCUCAUCGUCACAUUGAGCCAUUCUGCUCGCUGACGGCGUAUCCUCAUGAAAUAUACGUGGACCCCGAGAGGUGCAUCUAUCAAAAGCUUGGAAUGAAGAGAGAGGAGAAAUAUACAGAGUCAGGCCACCGAAGCCCCCAUGUGAAGUCUGGUAUCUUCAUGGGACAACUGAAGAGCAUAUGGAGGGCGAUGACUAGCCCUGCAUUUGACUUCCAGGGGGACAUGCAUCAACAAGGUGGAGCAGUCAUUGCAGGACCCGGCCCCCGGGUUCAUUUUUCCCCUUUUGACAUGAACCACCUGGACCACAUGCCCAUCGAAUGGCUCCUGCAGCUCGCCGGAGUUCAUCAGACUCUGGACUUUGGCAGUGAGCCGAAGAUCGUUCAUGUGUAGCGAGCUGGACUGCAGGAAAGGGCCUCGUCCCACGUCGCUGUCGUUAUUGGCGCGCAUGCAGGGCUCGUGCACGUCAGUUGCUUGUUCAGUUUACAGAAAGAGUUUGGGCAACGUCAUUCUCUGUAACAGAUGUUAGUGUCUGGACAUUUCAGGGCCCGUUGUUUAUCGUGCCUGCUGGCCUUCUGAAACAGUGGGAAAGUGUAUUCCUUUACUUUAUUAGUUUACAAAAACCAUCAUAACUCAAUGUCUCUUUAUAAACUCUAUCUUUUAAACAUAGUUUUGAAGCCAGUAAAUUAACUGAGCAAACAUGUUGUGGCGGUGAAAAAUGUGAGGUUUGGUGGAGAAAAAAAAACACUUUGAAGUUUCCCUUGGUCGUGCCUGUGUUGAAUGAUGUAUGGUUAAGUGUGUAAAGGGGAAAUAAAUGAAUUGGUCUAUUGUUUAA